AUGAUAAAGCGGGAACGGUCCUACUACAAAUAUGUUGUCGGAGACUUUAACGCAGUCAUCCGUGAGGGAGAUGGCGGACGGCAAGCGCAUCGCCGAACCACACGGUCAGUUCGGAAAGAACAAACGAAAACGGCGGAUGUUGCGAUGGACCUCUUGGAGCAAUGCAAAAUCUCUUUCACGGAAACAGCUUCUUCACGAAAAAGGAGAAUCGGCGAUGGACGUGGGAGAGUCCGAAUGCAAGCGACUCACAGCGAAAUCGACCACGUUCUCACUAACAGGAAGUGGAGUCUGCUCGACGUCAGCGUGGUGGAUGCAUUCCGCACUGGGAGCGACCAUAGGCUGGUUAGAGCAAAACAUUCGUCUCCGAGCAGGAAUCCGGAGAUGACUUCGAGCCUUCUCCAUACGGUUGCCACAUUACGACACAAACGCCAUGGAGACGGCCGCCGCUCACUACACGUGGCAGGAGGCGCAAGACUUGUCGCAAGACUAUACCAUGCUCAUAGAAGGACUUCGACAUUGCGCUAUGGCAUCGGCUAUCCCAACAAGGACGGAUUCGAAUGGCAGGAUUGA